AUAGCUGUAAACCGUUCUUCUCCACUUCACAACUGGACGUACCAAAUUCAGCCAUGACGCUCUACACUUCUUUAGCUCCGUGACUCUGAUUUUCUUAUCUUGCAUCUCAAUCACGAGAUCAAAUUCAAGAUGCUCACUCGACCUGUGGCUGCGACAUUGAGUUGCCGUCAAUGCCAAUCAGCCAUUGUUCGUGCCGUUGUAUCGAGACCAGCUACAAGCUGUUUUCGCAGCUUGCCACAGACCACUUCACGACGUCUUCCUCUAGCGACGAGGUUCUACUCGGAUGUUAAAACUAACGAUCCAAUAGUCGAAAAAGAGUCUUCGAGUCCGAUUCCUCCCAGCGAUGUUCUCAAUUCGAAACCCGAAGCCACAGAAGAGGUCGAAGAACCUGAAGAUGUUCCUUGGUUUCUCGAAGUUGAACCCCCGCGACAUCCCGAGAAUCAACAUGCCGUCGAAUUACCAAAGAUACCCGAGGGUGCACCAGAAGUCCUGAAACCAAUGGUGAAAUACAUAUUUGAGGACAUGGGAUUAGACGAGAUUUCUAUGCUGGAUAUGCGCGACCUUGACCCUCCGGCUGCUCUUGGUCCGAACUUGAUCAUGCUUUUUGCGACAGCUCGAAGUGAACGACAUCUUCACAUUUCAUCCGGUCGCUUUGUACGAUGGCUUCGAAAAAAUCACAACAUUUCUGCAAGAGCCGAUGGCUUGAUUGGACCUGGUGAACUAAGGACGAAACUGCGCCGACUUCGAAAGAAGGCCAAGUUGAUGGGUACUAACACUGCUAUUAUUCCUGGUGGUGACAAUGGUAUCUCGACAGGAUGGGUCUGCGUCAACUUUUCUUCCAACGGCGACACCAUCAACGAAGCUGCCAAGGUGGAUGAUACCGGCCGCUUCUCUGGCUUCGGUGCUCCUCAAACAGGCACCACAGUAGUUAUUCAAUGUAUGACAGAAUCCCGGCGUGCAGAGCUUGACCUCGAGAGUCUGUGGCAGACUGUUCUAAAGAAGAGUUUGCGAGAAAACAAGCAAGCUCGUGGUGAGAAGAUCAAUAGCCCUGAGGAGCUUGAUGAACUUCUGGCCACCAAAGUCCAGCUCCCCAAGUCAGAAUCUGCUCAACAAUGGCAGGCUCUACAGAAAGCGUCCCAACAACGACGCACCUACACCACGAGCGCCCGACGGCUUUCACCAGAGCUUCCACGUGCUGAUCACACUUCGCCCGUCAUAUCAGACGAGCUCGUUGACCUGCACGAGCAAUCAGCACAGAGCACCCCUGAUCUGGAGCACAUCCGUAAGCGCUUUGAGCACAUUCAGCUGGUUGGGUUACCACUUAGCCAGAGCGAAAUAUAUCAAUUCAUCCGCGAUGCUAUGACAGCGCCCUCAGUCGAACCUGCUUCCGGAUCACGACUUACUUUUGUCGACCAGAUCCUCUUGACGGCUGAGGAGCGAGGCAUGAUCAUCUGGACCGAUGAGAUGUUCUUCACGCUUAUCGAGGGAGGUCUAUCAUCACCGUCGUUCGGACAACCUCAGCUUGAGCGAGCUCAGAAGAACCUCGAAACACUCAUGGUGCAGAAGGACUGUCGAUUCAACAACACUCAAACGAGCAGUUUGCUGUCAGCCUACGCAAAACGAGAGGACUGGCCCCGAUUCUGGGAUACUUUCCGCAGACCAUCUCUCUUCAAGAAACCCAGGAGCUCAACUGUCUACAUAGCGGUUUACAUGGCUAUGGCGCGUACUGGCAACCAGGUCUUUUGCAUCGAGAACCUACGCUGGGUGUAUGAUGAAAUGAUUAACGAGCCGAAGCCCCUACCCAUGUUUGGCGCACUGUACGGAUCGCUCAAGGCGUGUAUCAGGGUCGCUGAUCCGGCGGCUGCAAAGCUUUUGGGUAUCGAUGCUGGUGAUCUUGGAAAACAGUCGCAUUAUGGCAAGCAGAGAUUGGCGAACAGAGAGUAUCUCAAGAUGCUCAAGGAGGUUGAGGCUCUCCAUACUGAGACUUCUGGGUACUUUGCUAGACAGAGAAUGUAUCAAGGCAUGGAUGUCCUUAAGGAAUCGGACUUGUCUCAGGAACAAUAGUUUCACGAAUAAGCGUUGGAAAAGCAUAGUCUGGGUCGGUGUCUUGUGUAUAACAACUCAUAUGUAACAAUAUCUGAUGCA